GAAUUCGUGCAUGAACAUUACUGUACCAGUCUGGUGGAAAAGAGUUUCAAAGGAUGGAGAGCUUACAUAAAUGAUUGCAAGCACAGCAAGAGCAACGAAAUACAUGCUGCCAAACACCAUUAUGUCAAACUCUUGUCCAAAGUGUUUUCGGCGAUGAGAAAGUAUGCAGAACAUCGGAGGGCGAAACACAGGAAAACUUGCCAAGCUCGAGACUUCAGACAAAGAUAUGUCUGUCAGAAAGUCAUGGCAACAUGGAAAGGCCUGGUGGUUCAGGGGAGACAAUUCAAGCACAAAGCCGACCAGAAAUACCAUGAGACAUCUAAAAUUCUCCUCAGGCAAACACUAAAAACUUGGCAUGAGAAUGUUGAGACUCAGAUUCUAGAUAGAAUUAUCAACCAGACUGCAAAGCUACACUAUAGGAGAUGUCUACUAGGCAAGGUGCUGACCACCUGGCAUAGGUAUGCUGCCAUCCAUGCCUACAAGAAGUCCGAGACAAGACAAUGGGUGGAAUCUACACAGGAGGCGUUAAGUCGGAAUAAACUACAGAGGUACUUUGGUCAGUGGAGACUAGCCAGGGAACGAUCACUGCUCUUCCAGUUACGACAGGCCCAGGCCGAGCAACAUCACAACCGUUAUAUACUACAGCAGGUGUUUAGGGCCUGGGGAACAUUCACAGAACAGUCGCACUCAAAAAAGUUGCUGACAAAGCAGUGUAACUGGUUCAACAAUAAACGACUGACGAUCCGUUUCUUUGCUACAUGGAAGUCUCAGUAUAAUCUGGCAGAAGAAGAGCACAGGAAAUCAGGAUUAGCGUUGUGGCACUGGAGCCUCGUCGUACAGAGAAAGGCUUUGGUCACCUGGUAUGUGGAAACUCAGAACAAGAAGCGAAAGAAACAGCGCCUCCUGGAGGCACUGGAGAGAAGAAGGAAACGAUUACUAAGACAAGGAGUGGUUCAAUGGCUCACGAUGGCAUCAGACCUUACAGAGAUGAGGGCCAAGUUUGCAGCACAGCAACAUGCUAAGAAUGCGUUUGUAAAGCAUCAGCUGAUCCAGAGGUGUGCACUUCACUGGCGACAUUGGACAGCGAAGAGGAAGCUACAAAGGGGAGAUAACUACAAAGUUCCUAGCAAACAGCCAAUCGCUCCCCCAUCCUCACACAGCGAUGUCUUCUAUCUCAAAGUCUCGGAUCUACCAGGCAGGAAGCAGAUUGCCACUGCAGAAGUGGGAGUACCACAGCCUGUUCUCUCUGCAUCACCUGGUAAAAGUGGAGCUACCAAUCCUACGUCUGGGCUGGAAGUCCCUGCACCAAAUCUGAGGUUACAGUCCCGGAGGAAACCUCGUCAUCCAGCUUUUUUGGCUGAUUCUUUGAAGAGAGCAGGACUGAUUGUUAAGGAACCAGAUAUAACAAGUGACCCUCUUCAAAGGAAUUCUACUUCUCCGUCACAGACUGAGGACAAUCCUGUGCCAAAUGAAGAAAUAACACAAACAGAAAAACUGGAAAACAUACCAUCUUCCUAUAUACCAAAAUCUGAUAUGUUCUUGCCCGGUACGACUGUUGUUCAUCCUACUCAGCCUACAGAUUUCAUAACAAGGAAUGUGAGCGAGUUGCCACCUUUAUUACAAGAGACGAAACUGGUGUCUUGGAAACCAAACAGUGAAAAGACCCAGAUUUCCAAGCUUUCUCUUGAAAGUGAUCAAAGAACUACAAACACACUCAGGAAGCAAAUGCCAAAAUCAGAGGCUUUAGAGAAAUGUGUAGAAAACAGGGCAUUAGAUUACCAUGAUACAAAGUCAGAAUUUCGGCUUCUUACCCCCGCUGAUUUCAUGACCCCGGGCAGUUGUGAUGGAGAUACUGACUUUUCACCCCUGUCAACGCCACGAUCUGUCGAUUCUGAGAGGAGUAAUUUAGAGAUACCAUAUUCUAAGGAAUCAGCUGAUAAACAAAUUAUCAGGAUCAGAAACCAUCUGAAGGAGUUUGAGAGGAAGAAGAAAAAACUCAGAAAAUUGCACAAACAACACCAGCAGUUGAGGGAUUGGAUCAGGCUUGAAGAGGCCAAAGGUCAACCAGAUGUUGACGUGAACCAGGUCAGGGUGGAAGUUGAACAAAUGGAAAUUGAACUAGAAUUGCUGCGGACCUCGGUUGAAGAAGACAAGCCUCAUUGUGCUAAACUUGUCAAGACUGUCACACAAUUAGUGCAGGAACUCCAUAGCAUUGACUAAAAACUUGAUGAAAACAUUGAUAUGUAAAAAUAUCAUUAAAGGGUCGGAAAGUUCAGUUCUUCCAAUGUUCCAAUCGGUGUGUAUCCAUCGUAAGUCUGGUAUCAGGAUUGUAUAAACAAAGGGUACAUAUCUACAUUUGAACAUCUCGGUGAAUAGCUACAUAUAUAGAUUUCUCCCUGAUAAGAUUUUCACUGUUCAUCCCGUCAUCUCCAUAAAUUUCACAAGGCUAUUUAUAUAAUGUAAUUAAAGUGAUAUUAUAUCUUUUCUCCAGAAUCUUUUUGCAUCUCUGUUUUGAAAAAUUGAUUCAAACUGAACUCUCCAAAACCUGUAUCACUGAAAAAUCCAUUAAAAAUGAACUCUUCAAAACCUGUAAAACUACAUUGUAUAGACAUACAGGUUUUGGAGAGUUCAUUUCUUAAUGGAUUUUUCAGUGAUACAGGUUUUGGAAGUCUCAAAAUGAUAAAAAUAAUUCUGGAUAAAUGAUUUCAUAAUCAUAGCAAUAUUGUGUUAUAAAAAUAGCUUUGUGUUAUUAAUGGAGAUGAUGGGAGCUACAGUGAAAAUCUUCAUCACAGAGAAACCUAUACAUGUAGCAUGAAAACAACAACAUGUAUAUAGAGAGAACAAAAAUAACUGAAAUUUGGUGAUGUUUAAAAAGAUUGAAUCCCAUUUUUAUGGAUUUGUGUUUGAAAUCAAAAAUUGAAAAUAUGUAAAGUGAACAUUUUCAUUACAAUCGUUUGGAAUCAUGUUUGAAUGUGAUGUUAUGCUCAAAUUCUAAUUUACAUAAUUCAUGCAUCUCCUCUAUACAGCUGUUUGAUCUUGGCAGGCAUAUUGCCUCUCUUAACUGACUAAUGAAGUCUGAAAGAUGAUUAUGAAAGUCUUUUUAAGGCCAAAUCGUGUCAUUGAAUCCUACUAUGUGAUGAACACAGAGUUUUCCGUUAAGCAGGUAGGGAGAUGUUCGUGUGAGAUGUUCAUCUGAUUGUUCUUUUACCCAAAGUAGCAUAAUGAUUUUGCUUUCAUAUUGAAGUUGAACAAUUUCCUUAUUUGGAGACAUAAGUUGUUAUAAUAAUUUACCGAACUCAUUGUUCUCUAUAUACAUCCACAUUGGGACUGAAAAAUACCCUACAAGAUAAUAUCUUAUAGGCAUUGUUAGAAAGUAUAUCUUCUGGAAUAUUUAAAGAUGUUAGAAUAUUAGUGUUAGGUAUUGGACACAAAGUUCCUGAUAUUCAAUUUGAUUUAAGAUACAGAUCAUCAUUAAUUUAUGGACAAAAUUAAGACAUUACAUAGUGGUGAUAUGUAUUUUUGUCAGAUUGUCUCAUAUUAUACAAUAUAGAUGUAAAGAAUUACAUUUAACUUAUUACUUUUU